GAUGCAUUUUUCCCGGCUUGGAGAUGGUGGCGCUACUUUGUUCAUUCGGCACUAGGAAGAUUUUUUUUGCCGACCUUCAGCCGCCGCUAGUUUCGGGGCCUGAGAAGAAAUGCUCUGAGCUGCUGUGGCCGUUCCAUCUUCUCGACCAACAUGGCGGACCAAACUGAGAAGAAAGAAAACCCUAUGCGUGAGCUUCGUAUCAGAAAGCUCUGUAUGAAUAUCUGUGUUGGUGAAAGUGGUGAUCGACUUACUCGAGCUGCGAAAGUACUGGAACAGCUAACAGGCCAAACACCUGUGUUCUCCAAAGCUCGCUAUACUGUGAGAUCUUUUGGUAUCAGGAGAAAUGAAAAGAUUGCUGUUCACUGCACAGUCCGUGGUGCAAAAGCCGAAGAAAUUCUGGAAAAGGGCCUUAAAGUUCGUGAAUAUGAAUUGAGGAAAAAUAACUUCUCUGACACUGGCAACUUUGGCUUUGGCAUUCAGGAGCAUAUUGAUUUGGGUAUCAAGUAUGACCCAAGCAUUGGUAUCUAUGGUUUGGAUUUUUAUGUGGUUCUGGGUAGACCAGGCUUCAGCAUUGCUGAUAAGAAGCGUAAACGUGGCCGCAUUGGAGCUAAACACAGGAUCAGCAAGGAGGAGGCCAUGCGCUGGUUUCAACAGAAGUACGAUGGUAUCAUUCUCCCAGGAAAAUAAAAAUGUUUCAGAACUAUCAAUAAAGAAAAAAUCUAAUCCAUAA